AUGUCGUCCGCCGCGCCCGCGCCGGCGCCGGAGGAGCAGCCGCCGCGCCCGGUGCGCUUCGGCAUCAUGGGCUGCGCCUCCAUCGCGCGCAAGCUCGCGCGGGCCAUGCUGCUGGCCGCGCCCGCCGCCGCCUUGGCCGCCGUCGGCAGCCGCUCCGAGGCCAAGGCGCGCCUCUUCGCUGCCGACAACGGCCUCCCCGCGGCCGCGCGCCUGCACGGCUCCUACGAGGCGCUCCUGGACGACCCGGCCGUCGACGCCGUCUACCUGCCGCUGCCCACCAGCCUCCACGUGCAGUGGGCCACCGCCGCCGCCGCGCGGGGCAAGCACGUGCUCCUCGAGAAGCCCACCGCGCUCUGCGCCUCCGACCUCGACGCCAUCCUCGCCGCCUGCGAGGCCAGCGGCGUCCAGUUCAUGGACUCCACCAUGUGGAUGCACCACCCCCGCACCGCCAAGAUGCGCGAGCUCCUCCCCGCCGACGUCGGCGACGUCAGACAAAUAAACAGUCUGUUCAGCUUCCGAGCAAACGAGGAUUUCCUCCAGAAUGACAUCAGGGUGAAGCCAGACCUCGACGCGCUGGGCGUACUCGGCGAUGCCGGGUGGUACUGCAUCCGCGCGAUCCUGUGGGCCGUCGACUACGAGCUCCCGAAGAACGUGAUCGCGCUCCCUGAGCCUGUCAAGAACCAAGCCGGCGUGCUCAUCGCCUGUGGCGCGACGCUCUACUGGGCCGACGGCAAGAUGGCCACCUUCCACUGCUCGUUCCUCGCCAACCUCACCAUGGACCUGACCGUCGUCGGCACGGACGGUACGCUCCAUGUCACCGACUUCAUCAUCCCGUACGAGGAGAAGUCCGGCCCGUUCAGCGUGGCCUCCAGGUCGAACUUCGCCGAGCUCCACACCGGAUGGGUUCCGCAGCCGAGCAAGCACGUCGUCACGACAGACCUGCCGCAGGAGGCCCUGAUGGUCAAGGAGUUCUGCAGGCUGGUGCAGGGCAUCAGAGACGCCGGCGCCAAGCCUGAGGGGAAGUGGCCGGCCAUCACCAGGAAGACGCAGGUUGUGAUGGAUGCAGUGAAGGCUUCCAUUGACAAGGGAUUUGAGUCUGUCGAUGUUGUGAGCUAA